AUGGCUACUUAUUCCACUAAAGUGUUUGAUCACGGCAAUUACGAGUCGUUCAGACCGUCCUACCCUAAUGAAUUCCUCGAGCUGAUUCUAAGCUACCAUCAGGGCCAGACCAACCGUCUGCUCGAUGUUGGAUGUGGCACAGGACAGGUGACCUUCCCCUUCUCUCGCUACUUCACGACGUCAAUUGGAGUUGAUCCAAGUGAAGGUAUGAUCUCUAGAUGCAAGGCUAAAAGUUCCAGUAACCAGCUUGAAUUUUAUCAAGGGAAAGCAGAGGACUUGAACAUGAUUUCUUCUGCCUCAAUUGACGUCCUCACGGCCGCAGAAUGUGUCCACUGGAUGGAUCCAGCAGGCUUUUUGAAUGAGGCUGCUAGAGUGCUACGUCCUCAAGGAACUUUGGCAUUCUGGUUGUACCUUGAACCAAUAUUCAAAGAUAAGGUUUUGAACGAGAUUUACCACAGGUACGUUAUGGGAGAUCCUACUUUGAUGAGACCUUACUGGGACGAAGGCAAAAGCAGGUUUUAUGAUUGGCUCAAAGAUGCUACAGAGCUCAUUAGUGAAGAUGAUAGGUUCGAAAAUGUCGAACAAGUCAAGUUUGACCAGCUAAAUUUGCCUAAGGAUAAAUGGGAGCAGGCGUUGAAAUCCAGAACUCUUGACGGAAAACCUCUUCUGUUCCUUCAAAAAGAGUGUACUCUUGAAGAGUUUCUUGCUUUCAUUAAUACUUAUAGUCCUCUGCCAGGGUGGUACAGAGCGAACGAAGGAGCAAAGGGAACAGAUAGGGAUAUUGUGUUCCGUUUGGAGACGGACUUAAGAAGUACUGGAUUAUGGAAGAACACUCAAACCAUUACUUGGGAUACCAUGUAUUGUUUUGCUAAAAAGAAAUGA